GAAGCAACGCUGGUCCUUGAUGACCUUUCUCUAUCUCAGUGUGCGUUAUAUUGGAAUAGGAUAUGCUGUGUACGUUUGGAAGUUUAAACCAUUGAUGUUGCGCUCAUUGCCCAUCUCUUACAAUCAGGAUCUACGUGCUGGGUAUGUGUCCUCGCAUACCCUCUGUUUCUUUCUUGUGACGGGCGGCAUACAGUCAGUGUUCCAACAAUUUCGAUGACAGAUUCAGGUUGUGAGUUCGUUUGGAGCCUGCGAUCUUCCGAAGCUGAUAACUAAUGUUACUGUAU